UACCCUUGUCACCCACAAAAUGGCCUCACUUCAUACCCUAAAGCCUCACGCUGUGUGUGUGCCAUUCCCAGCACAGGGACACAUAAGCCCCUUGAUGCAAUUAGCCAAACUUCUUCAUUGCAUGGGUUUCCACAUAACCUUUGUGAACACUGAGUUCAACCACAACCGUUUUGUUAAGUCCCAUGGAGCAGACUUUGUAAAGGGUCUCCCAGAUUUCACAUUUGACACCAUACCCGAUGGCUUGCCACCUUCAGAUAAGGAUGCAACGCAGAAUCUUCCUCGACUGAGUGAUUCAGUUAGGAAAAACUGUUAUGCUCCAUUCAAAGAAUUUGUGAUGAAGCUUAACUCUUCACAUGUUGUGCCUCCGAUUAGUUGCAUAAUUGCUGAUGGGAUUAUGGGCUUUGCUGCAAAAGUUGCUACGGAUUUGGGCAUACCAGAUGUUCAAUUCUGGACAGCAUCAGCAUGUGGCUUAGUGGGAUAUUUGCAAUUUGAUGAACUCGUGAAAAGAGCCAUUAUCCCAUUCAAAGAUGAAAAUUUUGAGAAUGAAGGAACCUUGGAGAAAAGUUUAAAUUGGAUCUCAGGACUGGAAGAUAUAAGACUAAAAGAUAUUCCAAGCUUUAUUAGAGUCACUACUCUAGAUGAUAUUUUGUUUGAUUUCUUGAAUGUUGAAACGAAAAAUUGUUUAAGAUCAUCUUCAAUCAUCAUUAACACAUUUGAAGACUUGGAGGAAAAAACCCUAGAAUAUCUUAAGGCCAAAAACCCAAACAUAUAUAACUUUGGUCCACUUCACUUGCUUAGUAGGCCUUUUCCAGAGAAAGAAAAUGGUUUCAUGUCAACUGGGUCAAGUUUAUGGAAAAAUGACUCGUAGUGCUUAGCAUGGUUAGACAAAUGGGAACCUAACUCAGUCAUAUAUGUUAACUAUGGAAGUAUAACGGUAAUGACAGAGCAUCAUUUGAAAGAGUUUGCAUGGGGACUUGCAAAUAGCAAGCUACCUUUCUUAUGGAUAACUAGGCCAGAUUUAGUAAUGGGUGGAUCUGUAGUUUUGCCACAUGAGUUUUUUGAUGAGAUCAAAGGUAGGGGAUUCAUAACACAUUGGUGCAUUCAAGAGCAAGUGCUUUCUCAUCCAUCUGUUGGGGUUUUUCUAACCCAUUGUGGCUGGAAUUCUACACUUGAAAGCAUAUCUGCUGGUGUGCCUAUGAUGUGUUGGCCGUUUUUCGCAGAACAGCUAACAAAUUGUAGGUAUAUAUGCACAACUUGGGGGAUAGGAGUUGAAAUUAAUCACGAUGUAAAAAGAGAAGAGAUAUCAACGCUUGCAAAGGAAAUGAUGAAGGGAGAAAAAGGAAUGGAAAUGAGACAAAACUGCUUAGAGUUGAAGAAAAAAGCAGCAAGAGCUAUACAAGUUGGAGGAUCAUCUUACAUUGAUUUCUAUAAGUUUAUAAAGGAUGUUCUUCACCACAGUAAUUAAUGUUCUUUGAUUCCU